GUGGGACGGGCAUCCAGAGAGCUACUGAUACAUCCUGAGGUCGCCAGUUUCAGCACCUGAUGACCCCUAGCGAUGGGGCUGGCGACCUCGGGAAGAGUGGGCGGUGCUUAGAGAACCCUCUUCAGGGGGACUGCCUGGUGCAGUUGGAAGAAGGGGCUCCAGAAGGGGUUUCUAGACCCAGUGUCAUUUCCCAGCUGGACCAGAGAGAAGAGCCCUGGGUGCAAACUUUUGAGACAAAGACGAUCCUGAGGGAAAGCCACCCAGACUUUGAGAAUCAGGUAGAAAAACUCCAUCAGGACAUUUCCGAAACAGCAGGACAAUGUGGAGCAUCCUCAGAAAGGGCCAAUAAAAAUGUCACUUGUACUCCCGGCCCGGGAGGAACCUGGGAGAGGGGACUUGAAUCAGGACAGCCUGACCUCCAUCCAGGACAGGGCCGCGGGGAGCCCUCCUCACAGGACGGGGACCUAACCCAGCUCCUGGGUGGACAUGUAGGGAGGAAGCCCGUGUGUGCAGAGUGUGGGGAAAGCUUUAACCAGAGUUCCUAUCUUGUAAGGCACCUAAGAACCCAUAGCGGGGAGAGGCCUUAUGAGUGCGCCGAGUGUGGGAAAGGCUUCAAACAGAGCUCAGACCUCGCCACCCACCGUAGAACCCACACAGGAGAGAGGCCCUACCCGUGCGGUGGCUGCGAGAGGAAGUUCAGUGACAGCUCCACGCUCAGCAGCAAACACCAGAGAACCCACAGCGGGGAGAGACCCUACGCGUGCCCGGAGUGUGGGAAGACUUUCGGGCCGAAGCCGCACCUGGUCAUGCACCAAAGAACCGACACCGGAGAGAAGCCCUACACGUGCCUCAAGUGCCAUAAAAGCUUCAUUCGAAGCUCAAAUCUCAUCACCCACCCGAGGACGCACACGGGAGGGAAGCCUUACGGGUGCGAUACCUGCGGGGACCAGAGCUCGGAUGUGGCGAAGCACCGGCGGACGCACUCGGGGGAGCGGCCCUUCCGAUGCCCGCGGUGCGCGAAGGCCUUCAGAGACGGCUCUCACUUCCGGCUGGCUCACAGGAGCACUCACGCCGGACAAAGGCCUUUCCGUUGUCCCUCCUGCCACAGCGGUUUCAGCCAGAGCUCACACCUGGUCGCGCACGCGAGGACGCACACAGGUGACUGUGGGAAAGGCUUCGCUGACGGCGCUGCCCUCCUUAAGCACCAGGGGACCCACACGGGGGAGAGACCCCACCCGUGCGGCGAGUGUGGGAGGAGCUUCAGCCAGAGCUCCCACUUCGCGACCCACCAGCGCGCCCACGUGGGGGGCAGGCCCUAUCGGUGCCCUGAGUGCGGCAAAACCUUCGGGCAGCAUUCGCACGUCCUGACGCACCACAGGACGCACACGGGACAAAGGCCUUUUCGCUGCGGCAGAUGCGACAAGCGCUUCCGCCAGAAGCACCUUUUAUGCCAUCAAAACACUCAUCUGACUUAGGAAAUGGUCUCCAGUGGCUCUCCCGCUCCCUUCCACGUUUCCGUUGCUGCGGGCUUCAAGCCCCCCACGGAGAGGAAACCCGAACCCGGGCCUCGGCGGCUCCCGGAGGGCCCUGACCUGUUCAGUCUCUGUUUUUCCCCACGUUUUAUGGUGAGGAGAAAGCUUUAGGGUCCGAAGAAUGUUUUGAACACAAAAGGCAACUCUUCCGUGUUUCUGAUGGACUCUUAGACAGGGAAAUGGGAGUUUAAUGAUUGAUGCCUGGUUACUGAAAGAGAAGCAAGAUAAAUGUGACCUAGAGAUCUCGUGGAAGCCACCUCCCAUGGUGCCUGGCACAUAGUAGGUGCUCAGUAACCGACCGGUCACAUUAUCACUAUGAUGAUCAACACCUGAGAUCUUAUAGAAAACCCGCAAUACAGCGUCUAUUCCUUAAAAGAUACUCCAUACAAAGUCGGUGGCUUAUAUCAGAGUUAUUACUCACGAAGGAAUUUAUUAGCGCAGUCCUGCACUAAUUAGUGCAGCCCGGGACUUGCAACGAAUUAGGUUGGCGUUAGAAGAUUUGGGGUGUGAGCCCACGGAUUUCAUAAAACAGAGCGUACUCUCCCGACCCAGUGCUCUGCAGGCAUUACUCACCAGCUGUCUCAUCGCCCUGACGGGGCAGGGUUCCCGCAGAGGACAUCUGCAGGCUUGUGACUAAGACGCUGAGACAAUUUCAGAAGCUUUUGCGCUUCGCUGUCUGAGGCGCUGCCCCUGGGGUUUGCUGCCUCGGGAGGCACAGGAACUAUCCGGUGACCAGCCAGCAAGAGGGACCUGGGAGAGGACUGCAGUGAGGCUGCGGAAGCAACAUUCCCGAGACUGUUAAAUACUAUCGCAGGGGUGUUUCCUGGCGUUUGUUCAGCUGUAGGGAAGGACUCCUGUUUUCCAGUUUGCUGGGUCAUUGCCUUUU